UACACGCAGUGCUGAAGCUGCUGUCCUGGAAAGAGCAACCUAUCAAGAGCAGGAAGCGGCUGAUCAACAACGGAAGCGAGAGCAUUUUGCAGUUCGCGACAAUUUCACUCCUACUUUGAGUAGAAAGGUGUUGAGGAACAUGCGUUCAACGCACAGGUGAAAAAUCACCUAAUUUAACUUCUUUACUGCUGCAACUUUUCGGCCCUACUUUACGCGGAUUCCGGUUAGAUUUGCUUUUUGUUUGUUUGAUUUUGCUGAGAUAAAUUAAAAAAAAAAAAAAAAUCUUGAGAAAUGUCUCGCAAGAAGGCAGUCAAAGGCAAAGCAGCAACCAGCAGCCCGUCUGCAGGCAGCCCCGCCGGGAAGGGGACCGGGAAAGCUGCGAGAGGAAGCCCGGGCAUCGUUCAGAUGAAUGGUGUGGUCCAUCCCAGCAGACCAUCCAUCAGCAACAGCAGCGAGUUUUAUGACAUAGCUUUCAAGGUGAUGCUGGUUGGAGACUCCGGUGUGGGGAAAACCUGUCUGCUGGUCCGAUUCAAAGAUGGAGCUUUCCUGGCCGGCAGCUUCAUCUCCACUGUGGGCAUCGAUUUUAGGAAUAAAGUCCUGAACAUUGAUGGAGUCAAAGUGAAGCUCCAGAUCUGGGACACAGCUGGACAGGAGCGAUUCCGCAGUGUCACUCAUGCCUACUAUCGUGACGCCCACGCUCUUCUUUUGCUGUAUGACGUCACCAACAAAUCAUCUUUUGACAACAUACAGGCAUGGCUGACUGAGAUCCAUGAAUACGCCCAACAAGAUGUAGUGCUCAUGCUGCUUGGAAACAAGGCUGAUGCCACUCAUGACAGGGUGGUGAAGAGAGAAGAUGGUGAGAGACUUGCUAAGGAAUUCGGAGUUCCCUUCAUGGAGACCAGCGCCAGGUCAGGUCUCAAUGUAGAGCUGGCUUUCACUGCUGUAGCCAAGGAGCUGAAGCACAGGUCCAUGAAAGAUCCCAAUGAGAAGUUUAAGCUCCAUGAGUACGUGAACAAAGAGAUGAAGGGCACUGGCUGCUGCCGGUCUUAAAAGCCUGCCUCAGUCAUUCUCUGGCUCUGUGUGUGAAUGUGUGUGGACCACUUAUUUCCAUACCAUAUGUGUUCAUAUGUGGCCUGAUCAGAAAUGAGGAGUCAGCUCCAGCGAGGUAUAAACCUUUUUGACCUUCUGCUUCUCCACUUUCAGACUUCGUUGUGUCAGUACACACAGCCUCACUCUCUUGUCCUUCACUAAUCUCGCUGCCUUCCUGCAUCAUGUGUAUGUGCAGCUUGCUUUUCCGCACCCAUCUCCUUCUGUAGAUGUAAAUGUAGCCCAAGAUUAUAACUGGCAUUUGUUUUGGUUUGUUUGUUUUUUGCAGAGAUAAGAUGCAUGUUUUGUAAAGCCAUUUAUUUUCUGCGUAUAAUUAAUGUGUAGUUAAUCUGUCAUUUUCUUUGAAUGUUAUGAAUGAACGUUCAAAUACUAAUGUUCAAAUACUAAAUGUGUAGUGAAGUGUCCUCUGUUCACGUUUGUGUUCAAAUCAGCAAUUUGACAGGCUCCCUGGAGCCAGUUUAGCUCACCAGCAUAAAUUCAAUCUAAGUGUUUUUAUGGCUCAGCUGUGGAUUUGGGGGGAAUUUGUAUUACUUUAACACACAAAUCUAGUAAAAACAAAUAGGUGUUGCUUUUUUGGAUACAAAGGUAGUGAGUACAGAUCAUCACUGACAGCAUUCAGAUAUAAACCAUGUUAGUAUAAUGUUGAAAUAAAUUUAGAUGUGUGGCUCAUGCGUGGGUAACAGAAGAGUAAAAUCUGUUUUCAGACUCAUUGGUAUUUUUAUCAGUAACAAAGGAUUGAUGUUGAUUUUUGAAGAUCCGUAGUGCAUCCACUGUUCUUGAUAAUCUGUGUUUUAUGUUUGCUGAAAUUAUUUAAAAACAGUCAAACACACUGUGUGCAAUAUACAGCAGAUAAAAUGGGCUUUCAGUUCAUAUGGUGUAAAUACUACUUUUCUCUCUGGAUGUAAAAUAGUUUGGAUAGAACAGCACUUUGGAUGGGGAAAUAAGAGCAUGGGUGUGAGUUGGGGAAUAAGGGGCUGUAGUAACCUAAAAUACUGUAUAUGAAACAUGUAAAUUUCUGGUUUUUAUUUGAUUGUUUUAUUCGUAGUCCAUGCAAAUCAUAAUAGGCAAGUCUUGAGCCAACCCUCAUUUCUUUAUAUUUUGCUAGGACACCGGGUAAUUUAAAAAAAAAAAAAAAAA